AUGGUGCAUGAGAUCACGUCGCAGCGCAGGAAUGGGUGUAGUAACGUAAAAAGCGAAGCAGGAAGAGGCGGUGGUGCUUCACGAAGUGGUGUGGGUCUCCAUAGGGCUGCAAGAACUAGAAGAAACCCAAGUAAUAUUUUGCAAAGCGAACAUGGCAAUGUUUUUCGAAGCCCAGAAAAUCCUGGUACUGCUCGAGGUGUAGAAAAACAGGUUGAGAAUACUCCUCAAGAUGCGUUACACUGUACUACAAGUACCCCACCAAACGUGACAAAUCGUAGUAAGGGUGUAGAUAGAGGUAGUGGCUGCAGGAUACCAAGCAUGAAACGCAGUCCCAUACUGCGCAGUGGAAAUCGCAGUAGCGUAAGUCAACAAGCAAGAAGAGGUCGAGGUAGACAUAUUGAAAACAGGUCAGUUACUGGUCAGGAUGUUGUGCAUAACAGUAAAGGCACUGCACAAAGCGAAGACAGCGCUACGUCGCAACGAGACAUACACAGUACCUGUGCACAACACGUCAAAGUGGACAGUAAUAGCCGAAUUGUGAGUCGUCAAAAGAAAACAACACUUGACGGUAUUUAUCAUAAUGUGCAUUUCAAGCCUUAA